CGCGUAGUGUUUGAACGCUCGUGCAGGAUUACCAACUAAUUGUUGUGGAAUGCAGCUAGCCACGCGGCUGUUUUCAUUUGGCUAACUGUUGGCUUCUUGUAUGAUAUGUUAAGUGUGCAAUUGGUUGCGUAUUGCAGAAGUGCAUAAUUGUAUCGACUUAUGUCAUAAUGAUUUCAUUUUUCAACAAAAAAACUCAUUUGCCUUUUUAUAAUUCUAAAUGGAGAUGUCCUGUCAUCGGAGAACACUGCACUAGGAUUCCUGUAUAGGCUGAUGAAUGGGGCGUUUCAGGACAGAGACUCCAAAGAUUCCGUUUUCUCCAAGGCUAAUUUGAAACUGGGAUUCAUCUGUGAAGAGCACACUUCUCCAGUGUGCCAGUGGCCAUCGAAGGUGAGCAUUUGCCCAGUGAAGCCGGUUACGACGCCAAACUGCAGUCAGGUCAAGAACCUGGAUUGUAAGGACAACUUCAGCAUAACUCCGCCCCAUCACGCAAAAGACAAACCGCCCCUGCUGACUCUUAGAAAGGUUUCAGUGAUACUGGAGGACUGCAGGAAUUUACUGGGAGACCGUUUCAGACAAUGUGAAAGAGAGGAGAAUGGAUUUGAGGCUUCAAUUCCUCUUGGACGGAGCCCUAGCCGCAAACAGCCGAAGAACAGAAAGAGCUCUUCUACAUCAGUAAAGCCUAAACAACAACAAACAUUUUUCACGAUUAAGAUGCACCACUGUAAACAGUGUGGGAAGAGUUUUAGUAAUUAUAAAGAUCUAAGGAAUCAUCAGAAAGUGCACAAAGGAAAGUCCUACCACUGCUCUGACUGUGGAAAGUACUUUUCUGUCUUAAGUGCUUUGAGAGUUCAUCGGACAGUUCAUACGGGAGAGAAACCUUACUCGUGCUCUGAAUGUGGGAAGAAUUUUAAGCAAAUGGGAAGCCUACGAGAACAUCAGCUAAGACACGUGGGAGAAAAACCCUUUAGCUGCCCUGACUGUGGAAAGAACUUUAUAACACAACGAUAUCUGAAUAAACAUCGGCGAACUCAUACCGCUGAGAAGCGAUACCCCUGUCCUGACUGUGGGAGAGGCUUCACUACGGCAGGACUUAUGAAAAGACACAGAAGAAUCCAUACUGGUGAGAAGCCAUACCAGUGCUCUGACUGUGGGCAAGGAUUUGCCAGAUCCGAGGCAUUGAAAUCUCACCAGCUUACUCAUAAUGGAGAAAAACCUUAUUCUUGCCCUGAUUGUGAGAUGAGUUUCGGCUCAUCAGCGGGCCUGAAGUAUCAUCAAAUGAAUCAUACUGGAGAGAAGCCCUACCACUGUGCAGCCUGUAAUAAGAGAUUCAAGUCAGCUUCAAGUUUAAAGUCUCAUCAGAGGACGCACACUGGAGAGAAACCUUACCAGUGUCGUGACUGUGGGACAACAUUCUCCAGUCUCAGUAAUCUUAAAAUACACCAGCGCAUUCAUUCUGGAGAGAAGCCUUACUCUUGCCCUGACUGUGGAAAGAGAUUUUCUGCAGCAUCCUCUGUAAAAGCACACCAGCGGUCACAUACUGGUGAAAGACCUUUUCCAUGCUCUCAUUGUGGGAAGGGCUUUACCAUAAAGGCACAUCUUGUGGUACACAUGCGGAUACACACUGGAGAGAGGCCCUACCACUGCACUUUCUGUGAUGCAACCUUCUCCUCUUCAGGUCCCUUGGUGAGGCACAUGCGAAUACACACUGGGGAGAAACCUUAUAACUGCAUUCAUUGUGACAAGAGCUUCAAAACCUUGCAUGAAAUUACUGGUCAUACAAGGGUGCAUACAGGAGAGAGACCUUACCACUGCUCUAAGUGUGAGAAGAAGUUCAAAGGCCUGGGAGACUUGAGAAAGCAUGAGCACACGCAUACUGGAGAAAGAGUAGCAUGUGGUCAGUGUAAGAAGACCUUUGCCUCCAAAGGAGGAUUAAGGUUACACAAAAUGUCACACACAGGAGAGAAGCCCCACCACUGCACUGUCUGUGGGAAGAGAUUUAUAUCAACGUUUCUUCUGAAAACACACAAUAGAGUGCACAGUGGAGAGAAACCGUACAGUUGCUCUGACUGUGGGAAAACAUUUUCCCAACUGGCUAACUUAUGGACCCACCAGCGCAUGCAUACUAGGGAGAAACUGUAAUGCUGCUCUGAAUGUGGAAUGUUAUUUAUUUCAAAAUCUCGCUUGAAGGUGGACUUGGUAUUCCAUAGAGACGAUCAGCCUUAUUCCUGUGGCCGGUUUGGAAAACCAAACACACACCCAAGCCUAUUGGCGAAAAACGGUUCCAAUGCUUCAACUGUGGUAAAAAUGUGAUCACAUCAGGCCUGAAGUCAUAAGUAUUUGCAUACUGGAGAGAAGUCUGAAAUGUCUUGGUUGUGGAAAGGGUUUUGCAUUAUCACGUCAGUUGAAAAUGCAUUGCAGGGUUCACAGUGGUGAGAAGCCUUACAUGUGUAAAGACUGUGGGAAGUGUUUUUUCCCCAGUCCACUAAUUUGAAGUGCCAUCCGAUACAACACACUGGAAUAAAACCACACCGCUGCUCUGACUGUGGCAAAUAAUUCACCUAGUGCAACAUUGGUGUGUGCAGACUGGAGAGAAGUCCUACCACUACCUUGAAUGUUGAAAUAUAUUUUCAGUAUUAAAAGAACACAAGCGUGUUCACUCUGGAGAAAAGCUUUACUGUUGCUCGGCCUGCAAGAAGGACUUUGCACAACUUUGUAACUUAAAAGAAACACCAGAAAACAUCAUGCAGUAGUCAAAGCUAUUGAACCAAUUCAAUGUUAGUGGUUGAUGUAGAGUUAUUAUAGCUAAACAUUGUUAUGCUUAAACUUAUGCUAUACAGUUUAAUCGAACAUUCCAUGUGGUUAUAAUAUGAUUUCCUAUGCAGCUCAAUAGUAAUCUACUAUGAAUAAUUUGUAUGGUUUUCGUACCAAACAUUCAUAAAAUUAUUAAAUGCUCUUUAACCCUGAA